AUGGCUACCGAGUUGACCGUCCAGUCGGAACGUGCGUUCCAGAAGCAGCCUCACAUCUUCCUCAACUCCAAGACCAAGGCGAAGAGCAAGAAGGUCGGCCAGACCCGGAGAUGGUACAAGGAUGUCGGUCUGGGAUUCCGUACUCCCAAGACUGCCAUUGAGGGCAGCUACAUCGACAAGAAGUGCCCCUUCACCGGUAUGGUCUCCAUCCGUGGUCGUAUCCUGACCGGCCGUGUCGUCUCUACCAAGAUGCACCGUACCAUCAUCAUCCGCCGUGAAUACCUCCACUACGUCCCCAAGUACAACCGUUACGAGAAGAGACACAAGAACCUUGCCGCCCACGUCUCUCCCGCUUUCCGUGUUGAGGAGGGUGACUGGGUCACCGUCGGCCAGUGCCGUCCUCUGAGCAAGACUGUCCGCUUCAACGUCCUGCGUGUCCUGCCCCGUACCGGCAAGGCCGUCAAGUCGUUCAACAAGUUCUAA